UGGUAUCAUUAUCUUGGGAUUUGUUAUUUUCGACAAAAUGCGAGAAGAUGAUCGAGUUGCCAUUCACGAAGCUAUGGAGCAACAAACUAUCUCAAUUGCCAAGGCUGGAAUCACUACAACUCUAAAUUCAAGAUGCUCGGUUCUGGCUGCAGCUAAUAGUGUCUUUGGACGUUGGGAUGAUUCUCGUGGAAGUGAAAACAUUGAUUUCUUGCCUACAAUUCUUUCUCGAUUCGACAUGAUCUACAUUGUGAAAGAUGCCCAUGAUAUGAGUAAAGACGCGAUUUUGGCCAAGCACGUCAUAGAAGUACACGUUCAUGCGGCAAACAGUCAAACGGAUACUUUGAACUUGGACGGAGUUGCCAUUUCGGACAAAAUGGAGGUCAUGGACAAGGAUGGCUACUUGACGCUUGACUUUUUGAAGAAAUACGUCUCGUUUGCUCGCCAAAAUUGUGGACCUCGUCUUACGGACACGGCCAGCAACAAACUUGUGAAUCAUUAUAUUCGAAUGAGGAAUCCGACGCCAGAAGAAAACACUGGACAAAAGUUGAUGAAGGAUAAACCAAGUGCAAUUCCGAUUACUGUUCGACAACUUGAGGCUAUCAUCCGUAUUAGUGAGAUGGAACUGGCACCACUUGCCUCGGAGCGUCACAUCGAUGAGGCUUUGCGUCUUUUCCGUGUCUCGACUAUGGAAGCUGCUGCAACUGGAAAUCUUUCGGGUAUCGAAGGUUUCACAAGCGAUGAAGAUCAAGAAGCAAUCUCACGCAUUGAGAAACAGCUCAAGAAGCGAUUCGCCGUUGGCACCCAUGUUAGUGAACAUCUCAUCGUUCAAGACUUCGUUCAAAGACAACAUUAUCGGGAAUCACUUGUGAAAAAGGUUAUCAAUGCUCUCAUCAGACGCGGGGACUUGCAACAAAAAAUGCAACGAAAAAUGUUGUAUCGUGUUCGU